GGUUGCGAUCACAUGGAAUGUAACUACUUCCUGUCGUACGUCGUGGUCAACAAGGAGGUCAUAAUUCUCGAACUCAGCGCUAAGACGGACGGAUGGGUGGCAGUCGGAUUCUCGUCGGACGCUAAACUAGGUGGUGGCGAUGACGUCAUAGCCUGCAAACGGAAGCACACAACAACCAAUGAAAUUAUCGCACAACCGCUAUGGAUCUCAGUGACGCAUUUUAGACCGCAGCUCAAAGAGAGUAAAUUAAACUUGACGUCUGCUCAGUACGCGGAUGGAUACAUUUACUGCAGAGUGACGCGUCCUCUCAAUGUGAAGAUGGACAAGAACCUUGACCUCACAAACGACUGGUACCAGCUGUACAUUACUGGACCUAUUGAAGCCAGUGGUCGAAUGCUGAAACCCGUGGACGGACCGCAGACAUCUCCGGACAAACUGACCGUUCUAAUGCACGAAAACAGACUCUCCGCUGUUUCCGGCGGAAGCUGUCUGGCAGUGCACGUGCUAGUUGUGCUCAUUGGAGUUAUUUCCCCUUACGUGUCAUGACGGAAGUAAAACACCAUUGGAGCCGUCUGCUUUGUAAGCAACCAGUGUUUUUUAAAUGGAUGUUUACUGGGUCGGUGUUGCGAGCCAAAAGGUUUUUAUCAGAGAAAAAAAAAAUGACUGUGAGAGCCAGAUCAACAAACGAUCAUGGACCGAACUGUUGCAUUGAGCGUCACGUGUUUGUCUUCCCUGUGUUAAACAUGGCCAAUAACACAAAACAAGCUUAUAACAUCUUAGUUAUCCAGUUAGGCCUAAUAAUCAUCUCAAAAAGAUAUUAAAGUCACAUACCCUAGUUUCUGAGCUAUGUAUUUUUAUACACAUAAAAUGUGUCAGGACAAAAAAAAAAAUUAAUUAAUUAAUUAAAUUAAGA